CCGGUCCUGGCUUUCGCAGAACCAAGAAAUCCGCCGCUCAGAUCUUGCACGAGGUAAGCACAGGCCAUGGCCAACAGAAGAGGCCUGCCCUUGCGCCCUAUAACUUCCGAAGAACUCGACUGCUGGACGCAGACAGUCCAGUCGCUGCCCAAGCUCGCAGAGCUCCAUGAGCGGACUGCCGAGACCAUCGGCCGCGUAAAUCGCGGCAUAGCUACGUGGCCUACCGAUGAUACGCUGCCAGCUGAAGGUUACGGCUAUGUCAAGAGUAACUACAAGAUGCUUGCCGCUGCUCUCAAAGAGCUCCAGAGCAUCGGUCAAGAAGACAUAAAAGCUAUCGAAGAGACGCUCGAACGCCUCGAUAUCCUCAUAGCUCUCCGGAGAGCUUCCGAGACCGUGCCACCAGAGAAGCGGAAUAAACGGCCCCGUGGCCAGUCUCCGUCAGGGACAGCGACGCCCGUCGCUGCUACUGUCAACCCCACACUCACGAGGGGUGUCUCUAUUACGGUACCGCCUCGGAACUCGGUGGGGCCACCGACACACAUACCAUUCUCCCGAGAGCCCAAGGCACGAAGAGAAGCGCUUAGCAAGCAACUACCGCUGCGACCUGGCAGGAAAGUCGCUUUCCAUCCGCCCUCGAAUACGAGCAAAGCUGCCGACUCCACCGGUGGUGGAAAGGACGAAGAAUACGAGGUACAAGAUCCAGAACCUCAGGAAGAUGGCUCACCAGGACAGUGCUACAAUACAACGUUACGUGGCAUUAUCCCGCUACCGGAUAUGACCGCACCACCAGAUAGUGCAGCACAUCUCAAUGCAUAUCCUGAAUUUCAGGCCGGCCAGACAGUUAUGGCUCUCUAUCCCGACACAAGCUGUUUCUAUCGGGCAGAAGUUAUAGAAAACCCGAAAGAUAUGGCUCGGAAUAAUCCUGCUGCGAAAGAUGUUCCUAUGUACAAACUUAAAUUCGAGGAUGAUGACGACCAAGAGCACUUGGUCGCGGCACAGUGGGUAGUAGAGUGGCCUGGUGUGUAAGCGGCUACUCGCAGGACUUCGAUAGAUGCUCCGUUGUACGACUAGCUGUAACAGCAUCGAGUUUAUCAGCCUCCAGGACAGUGUCCUUGUUAGCAAUCUCCCCCUGUGACUAUCGGACUAGAUGCCAUAUAUUAUUUUACAAUGACGCAGUACAUUGG